UUCUUUUUUUGGCUCUCUGCAACGACGACUGAAAUGCGUUCGCCAGUCGCUCAUCGAUAGCUAAGCAAGUAACAAGUGGGUGCUACCGCUUUUGCUGCAUUGUGUGUGGCAUUUAAUUGAACUCCAACUUUGGAUGAACUUAUUAAAUUCCUGCUCGAUUCACAAAAGCAAUUAGAGCCACCUCGUCGCUGCUUUCGGGAAAGAAAAUGUUGCUGCUGCGUUCGCUGCUGCUGCUGCCAGCGUUGCUGCUGGCGCUGUUGCAAGUUCGAGUCGAAGCCGGUCGACCGCUGAAAGUUCUCGGAUUGUUUCCACAUCCCGGUGUCAGUCACUUUCACUUCUUCCAACCACUGAUGCAAGCCUUGGCCGAGGCUGGACAUGAUGUCCACGUUGUCAGUCAUUUUCCGCUGAAAAACCCUACCGUACGCUACAAGGAUUAUCCGCUUACAGGCAUGGAUAAACUAACAAAUAGCGUGGACCUGAAGAUGUUUGACAAUCGCGCUUUCUACACUCUUUAUUUUGAGUUUUUCAUGCUGUACGAGUGGGGCAAGCAGGCUUGCAACUUGACGCUGCGCUCAGAUGCUUUGCAUGAGGUGCUGAGGCGCAGGGCUGGCUACUAUGACGUCAUCAUCGUGGAACAGUUCAACUCGGAUUGUAUGAUGGGCGUCGCACAUCAGCUCCAGGCGCCAGUCAUUGCCCUGAGCAGCUCCGCCAUGAUGCCCUGGUAUUUCGAGAAUAUGGGCGUACCCAUAAUACCCUCAUAUAUACCCUGCUUGUUUUUGGGCCAGUCGCAGGACAUGAACUUUGUCGGUCGCUUCGCCAAUUGGAUCACAUUUCACUCCUUCAACUUGAUGUACAAGAUGUUUUCCAUACCCGCCGCUGAUGCACUGGUGCAGUACAAAUUCGGGCACGAGACACCCUCGGUGGGUAAGCUGGCGAAGAAUACGUCCGUUUUCUUUGUGAAUCAACACUAUGCGCUGAGCGGCCCCAAGCCACUGCCGCCCAACGUUAUUGAGCUGGGUGGGCUGCACAUACAGAAGGCCAAGCCGUUGAGUGACGAACUGCAACGGUUGCUGGACAAUGCCGAGCACGGAGUGAUCGUCAUCAGUUGGGGUUCCAUGAUACGCGCCAAUUCCCUGUCGGCGGACAAGCGGGAUGGCAUCGUGCGCGCCGCUACCCGACUGAGGCAGCAGGUCAUCUGGAAGUGGGAGAACGAGACGCUGCCCAACAAGCCACCCAAUAUGCAUGUCAUGGAGUGGCUGCCACAACGCGAUAUACUCUGUCAUCCCAAUGUGAAGGUGUUCAUGACGCAUGCGGGUCUAAUGGGCUCCACCGAAGCGGCAUAUUGUGGUGUGCCCGUUGUGGCAACGCCCAUGUAUGGCGAUCAGUUCCUCAAUGCGGCCGCGUUGGUGCAACGUCGUAUGGGUGUGCUGCUCCACUACGAGGACAUUAACGAGAAUACCGUUAUGAGGGCAAUAAGGCGUGCCCUGGACCCCAAACAUAUGCAGGCUGCCAAGUUAGUUUCGCACUCCUUCAACCAUCGACCCUUAGAGUCCAUGCGGAAGGCCCUGUGGUGGGUGGAGCAUGUGGCUCAUACCAAUGGCAAUCCCCUGCUGAAGCCCAGUUCAGUGGAGAUGUCACGUUUCGUCUACUACUCACUGGACUGCUACCUCGCCUUGGGUCUCAUUCUGGGCAUUGUUAUUGGCAGUUGGAUUAUUUUAAUCCGUUCCUGCUGUGGCAAAAGACCGGAUCGUAAGACCAAGAAGGAUUAUUUUGCAAUGAGUGAAAAUUGUAUUACGAAAUUGAUUCUGCUGAUUUCACUGUUUUCGGUGAGCAGUGGCCAACUAAAAAUCUUGGGUCUCUUUCCGCAUCCCGCCCCAAGUCAUUUUCAGUUCUUUCAUCCGCUGAUGCGUCAAUUGGCCCAAUCGGGUCACAGUGUCGAUGUUGUCAGUCCCUUUCCGGAUAAGCAAUCCCCAUCCGGCUACAAGGAUUACGUGCUGCCCAGCGUCAGUUUGGGCAAUCAACUCGGUUUGGAUAUGUUCGAGGAAAAUAGUCUGACAUUUCUACAACCUUACAUAGAGUUCUUUAUUCUAAGCGAGUAUGGUAAGGUUGCCUGUCAAAGUACGCUCAACUCCGAUGCACUUGCGCAAGUACUGCAACAUCCUGCUGGUUACUAUGACAUCAUCAUACUGGAGCAAUUCAAUACGGAUUGCAUGAUGGGCGUGGCACAUCAGCUGCAAGCGCCUGUUGUAGCCAUGAGCAGCUGUGCCCUGAUGCCCUGGCACUAUGAGCGCAUGGGUGCCCCCAUAAUACCCUCCUACAUCUCGGCCCUGUUCUUGGGCCAUUCACAGGACAUGAAUUUUGCGGGUCGCCUAAACAAUUGGAUAACCACACAUACGCUUAAUUGGCUCUAUAACUGGUUCAGUGUGCCUGCUGCUGAUGACCUGCUGCGUCAAAGAUUCGGAGCUGGUCUACCAUCCACUGGCGAACUGGUGAAGCGCACCUCGCUAAUGCUGCUAAAUCAGCACUUCUCGCUGAGCGGAUCAAAGCCGCUGCCGCCAAACGUCAUCGAAGUGGGUGGGAUACACAUGAAAAAAGAGCAAGCGCUGAGCGAUGACCUGCAGCAGUUGCUGGACAACGCCUCUGAGCAUGGCGUCAUACUCAUUAGUUGGGGUUCCCUGCUGAAGGCCAUCUCGCUCUCGAGCACCAAGCGGGCAGCAUUGCUCCGUGCAGUUGCUCGUCUGCCCCAGCAGAUCAUCUGGAAGUGGGAGAACGAGACGCUGAAAAAUCAGCCCGCAAAUGUUCACAUCAUGAAGUGGUUGCCACAACGCGAUAUACUCAGUCAUCCCAAUGUUAGGGUCUUUUUCACACACGGCGGAUUGAUGGGACUGACGGAGGCGGUGUCCAGUGGAGUUCCAAUUGUGGGCAUGCCCGUCCUGGGCGAUCAAUUCCUCAAUGUGGCUGCCCUAGUGCAACGUCAGAUGGCAGUGCAGCUCGACUUUCAAAGUUUGAGUGAACAGUCGAUCUUUGAAGCACUUUCCCAGGCGCUGGAUCCGUCAUACAAGCAGAAUGCUGCGAAGAUUGCAGCUGCCUACAAUGAACGCCCCCAACUGCCAUUGGAAACCGCCUUGUGGUGGGUGGAGCAUGUGGCCGAGACUCGAGGUGCUCCUCUGCUGCAAUCCAGUGCAGUGCAUCUAAAUCGCUUUGUCUACUACUCCCUGGACGUCUAUAUGGUAGUCGGUAUCACUCUCCUUGUGAUCACUGCUAGUGUGAUUGGAGUCUGGCGCUUGUGCUGCAAAAAUAAACGCCAACAGCAAAAACACAAGCGGCUUUAGUGUAGAAGAUAAAGAAAAUAAUUGCAUAUAAAUAUGUUUUCCAGUUUAUCAAUAAAUCAGUUUAAGAAAUAUUAUAAAUAACACAAUAUC